AUUAUGAUUAUUAGGAAGGUGUUAUAAAAGGGCUUUAGCACUCUUUAUAAUCUGAAAUAAUUUAGACAUUAAGAAAUCCCACAAAAUGUAAGUGUAGAUAGAGAAUUUGGAGACACAAUUCUACCAAAUGGAAUUCGAGUCUGCACAGAAUUUUGGCCAUCUGAAUUAGCACAGUAAUUAUAAUCAUUAAGAUUAAAGUAUUACAAUAUACAUCAAAUGCGGAAGCAGAAAUGAAACAGAGGCAACAAGUGGCACAGCACAUUUUUUAGAGCAUUUGCACUUCAAGGUAUUUUUGUGGAUCCAUAAUUUAUAUAGGGAACGGGUAGAAGAAGUAGAGAUCGAUUGGAAUGUGAUGUUGAGAAUUUUGGUGGUCAAUUGAAUGCUUAUACUUCAAGAGAAAAUACAUCUUAUACGAUAAACGCAUAAAAAAAUAAGGCUGAGAAUGCUGUUGAAAUUUUGGGAGACAUGCUCACAAAUUCAAUUUAUGCAAAGUCUGAUGUAGAAAGGGAGAGACAUACAAUUUAUAGAGAAUUAUUUGAAACCAGGAAAAUGUAAUUUGAAACUUUGAUUGAAAUAUCCCAUCGUUCAGUAAUGAAAUAUUAUAUAAAAGGCAUACAAAAAUCAUUAAAUGUCAUUGCCAAUCUUAGGAAAAAUAUAGAAUAUGUAUUCAAUUACAAGGGAUAUGAUUGCUGAAUAUCACUAAAACAAUUAUUAUGGAGAAAAUCUUAUUGUUUGUGGAGUUGGUAAUAUAUAAUAAGAACAGUUAUGUGAGUAUGUGACUAAGCAUUUUAGUAAGAUCCAUAAGAAAAAGUAAUAGCUCAAAAAGGAAAUACCAGUCAACUUCUAGAGCGAAGUGUUUCUAAUGUAGAGUGAAUUGACAGAAGACAUUAAUGUAGGUUUGUUUUAUUAAGGACCAGAAUGGACUGAUCCUCAUUAUUAUCACUUUUUAAUUUUGUAAAGACUUUUAGGGGAUAAGCCAUCAAACUUUUUAGAGGCAGCAAUAUUUGAGUAAUCAACAUUAAACUCAUUUUAAAAGCUCUUAUUAGAUUAUCCAGAAAUUACAACUCAAAAGGCAGUCUAUACUCCAUAUAAAGAUACAGCUUUAUUUGGAAACUACUUUGUAGUGAAUCCCAAUUAAUUGGACUCUUGUAUUGAGAUUUCAAAGAAAAUAUUUGAAGAAUAUGGAAAUAAAGUAUCAGCUGAGGAAUUGCAAAGAUCAAAGCGAAGACUGUUCAUUGAGUUAUGCUAACAUGAAACUGGAAAUGAUAUCUCAUAAGCUAUCGCAAAUUAAAUACUGUAUUUUGAUAGAAGAGUUUACAGAUAAGAAAUUGCAUAAAAUUUAGCAAAUGUGACAGAAGUAGAUAUUCAAAAUUGUGUUAAGAAUUGGAUUUUAGGUAAGUAACCAUCAUUAACUAUAUGGGGUAACAUUGAUCCAGUUUUGAAAAAGUAUAAAUUCGAUGCAAGUUAAGUUGGAACACACUGAUA